AUGGAUUCAAACGGCACAGAUGGGGCCGGCUCUACAGAAGGGCUUGGUAAAAUUUCUGCAGGCAUGAUCCUUCUCUCCGUGAUUUUGUCUGUAUUUGCUGUAUUAACCACAGUCUUAAACUCCUUAGUCAUUACUGCUAUCAUCAUCACACGUAAACUUCACCACCCUGCCAACUACUUAAUCUGCUCUCUGGCAGUAACAGACCUGCUGGUGGCUAUCCUGGUCAUGCCCUUCAGCAUCAUCUACAUUGUGAAGGAGACAUGGGUCAUGGGUCAGGUGAUGUGCACCAUCUGGCUGAGUGUGGACGUCACCUGUUGCACGUGUUCCAUCUUGCACUUGGCGGCCAUUGCUGUGGAUCGCUAUCGUGCCAUCACGGAUGCUGUGGAAUACUCCAGGAAGAGGACAUCUUGGAGGGCUGCCGUGAUGAUCGUUAUCGUGUGGAUCCUGUCCGUUCUUAUCUCGCUACCUCCAGUGCUUUGGAGAUACCACAAUGGGAAACCAGAUAACGAAACAGAGUGCCUGAUUAAGCAUGAUCACAUUGCCUUUACCAUUUACUCCACAUUCGGGGCCUUCUACAUACCCCUUCUAGUCAUCCUCAUCCUUUACUACAGGAUAUACCGGGCAGCUCAAAUUCUUUACCACAAAAGAGGGACCAGCCAUCUGAAAAAGAUUGAGACAAACGGACACAAGAUCCCCAGAGAACAGCCUAGUCCUGAAACUCUCAGUCCACCUGAAAAGUCACUAUCUGAACCUUCUACCGAAUGUGAAAGGGGGCGAAUUACUACAACAAGCCCAAACGUUCGGUCUCGAGGGAGGUCGAUUAAAAGACACCGGAUUUCAGGCACACGUGAGAGGAAAGCAGCCAUGACCCUGGGCCUUAUUAUAGGGGCAUUUGUUAUCUGUUGGCUGCCCUUCUUUAUUCAUGAAGUGAUUGCUAACACCUGCUCGAACUUUACUCCAUCCAAUGAAAUAGCCACGUUUCUGACCUGGCUCGGAUACCUCAACUCACUCAUAAAUCCACUUAUCUACACAAUAUUUAAUGAGGACUUUAAAAAAGCAUUUAAAAAAGUUAUCAAAUGUCAAAAUUAUCAUUGA